AUGGAGAGGGGGCUACGUCAAGGAGACCCUUUAUCGCCGUGUUUGUUUGUACUGGUGGUGGAUGUGAUGAACAGGAUGAUUAGGGAGGCGGUUAGGAACAGUCAGAUAUCUCUUCUGUUAGUCGGUAGGGAUAAAAUAGAGCUAUCACACCUACAAUUUGCUGAUGAUACUAUUUUAUUCUAUCCGCAAGAGGAGGAAACUGUCAGGAACUAUAAUAGGCUUUUGAGGUGUUUUGAAAUGAUGUUUAGCUUGAGCAUAAACUUCGAGAAGUCUAACUUGAUACCAGUUAACUGCAUCCAGGAAUGGGUCAGCCGAAUGUGUCAGCUUCUAGGCUGCCAGGAGGCAACGUUGCCGGUGCGGUGCCUUGGUAUUAGCCUAGGAGCGAAUCCGAGGUUGGUAAAAACUUGGAAGCCGGUGAUUGAUAAGGUGGAAGAGAAACUCAGCUUGUGA